GCGCCAGACUGUGUAGCUCCGCUGGCCUGGCCGCCCGCAGGUUGGGAAGAAUUUCCUGACCCGCGGCCCCGUGAUGGGGCUAGCACCGCUGCCACCGAUGCUGCUGUUGCUGCUGCUUCUGCUUCCUUGGCUCUUCGUCCUAGGGCUUUGGAAAGGCGCUCUGGCUGAGGAGAGGAAAGAAUCCGUGCCCAGCCUGCCAUUCCCAGGAGACCUGGCUGACCUUGUGCCGUCCGCCUUUCCUCCUACCCCUGGGGCCCAGCCUUUUAUGGUGUUGUCACCAGUCCUGCCUGGAAGACCCCACACAGGAAGUGCAGCCAUUCCCAGCGUGACCUCGGCCAGCUCCAAGCUCAUACCACCUCUUGUGUUUGAUCGCACAGUUAGCCACAUAAUACUUUCUGAACACAAAGACGUCAAGUUUAAUUGCUCAAUCAGUAUACCUAACACGUACCAGGACGCCCAUAUUUCUUGGUGGAAAGAUGGGAAGGAACUGCUUGGGGCACAUCAUGCAGUUACUCACUUUUAUCCAGAUGAUGAAGUUACAGCAGUGAUUGCGUCCUUCAGCAUAACCAGUGUGCAGCGUUCAGACAGUGGGUCGUAUUUCUGUAAGACGAACAUAAACAAUGAAGAGAUCGUGUCUGACCCCAUCUAUGUUGAGGUACAAGGACUUCCUCACUUUACAAGGCAACCUGAGAGCAUGAACGUCACAAGAAACACUGCCUUCAACCUCACCUGUCAGGCCGUGGGCCCACCAGAGCCCGUCAACAUUUUCUGGAUUCAAAACAGCAGCCGUGUGAGCGAAAGGUCCGAAAAAUCCCCAUCUGUGCUAACUGUUCCUGGUCUGACUGAGACAGCGGUCUUCAGCUGUGAAGCCCACAAUGACAAGGGGCUGACCGUGUCCAAGGGCAUACAGGUCAACAUCAAAGCCCUGCCCUCCCCGCCAGCUGAAGUCAGCGUUCAGAACAGGAGCGCACAUGGCUUCCUGGUCUCCUGGGUCCCGGGCUUUGAUGGAUACUCCGUGUUCAGCAGUUGCAGCAUUCAGGUCAAGGAAGUUGAUCCUCUGAGUAAUGGCUCCAUCAUGAUUUUUAACACCUCUGCUUCUCCACCUCUGUAUCAAAUUGAGCAGCUGCGAGCUCUGGCUAAUUACAGCAUUGGCGUGUCCUGCAGGAAUGAGAUUGGCUGGUCCACGUGGAGCCCUUGGAUCCUUGCCAGCACAACCGAAGGAGCCCCAUCGGUAGCACCUUUGAACGUCACUGUGUUUCUGAAUGAAUCUAGUAACAAGUUGGACGUCAGAUGGAUCAAGCCUCCGAUUGAGCGGCAGGAUGGGGACCUGGUGGGCUACCGGGUAUCUCACAUGUGGCAGAGUGCAGAUGCCUCCAAAGAGCUGAUAGAAGAAGUCAGCCAGAAUGGCAGCCGUGCUCAGAUUCCCGUUCAAGUCUACAAUGCCACGUGCACAGUGAAGGUCGCCGCUGUCACCAAAGGAGGGGUCGGACCGUUCAGUGUGCCACUGAAAAUAUUCGUCCCUGCACAUGGUUGGGUAGAGUUUGCCCCCUCGUCAGCUCCAGUACCUGGCAACACCGACCCCGUGCUCAUCGUCCUUGGCUGCUUCUGCGGAUUUGUUCUGAUUGGGCUGGUUUUGUAUGUUUCUCUGGCCAUCAGAAAACGAGUCCAGGAGACGUGGUUUGGGAACGCCUUCACGGGGGAGGAUUUGGAACUGGUCGUCAAUUACACAGCAAAGAAGUCCUUCUGUCGGCGAGCCAUACAACUCACCUUACGCAGCUUAGGAGUCAGCGAGGAGCUGCAAAAUAAGCUAGAAGAUGUUGUGAUUGACAGGAACCUUCUAACUCUUGGAAAAAUUCUGGGUGAAGGAGAGUUUGGGUCCGUGAUGGAAGGAAGCCUUAGUCAACAAGAUGGGACCUCUCAGAAGGUGGCCGUGAAGACCAUGAAAUUGGACAGCUUUUCUCAGCGAGAGAUUGAGGAGUUCCUCAGUGAGGCCGCAUGCAUGAAAGACUUCAGCCACCCGAACGUCAUCCGGCUCCUAGGUGUUUGUAUAGAAAUGGGCUCUCAGGGCACCCCGAAGCCCAUGGUGAUUUUACCCUUUAUGAAAUAUGGGGACCUACAUACCUACUUACUCUACUCCCGACUGGACACAGGAUCCAAGCCCAUCCCUCUGCAGACCCUGCUGAAGUUCAUGGUAGACAUUUCCCAGGGGAUGGAGUAUCUGAGCAACAGGAAUUUCCUUCAUCGAGACUUAGCUGCUCGAAACUGCAUGUUGCGAGAUGACAUGACUGUGUGUGUCGCAGACUUUGGCCUCUCUAAGAAGAUUUAUAGCGGCGAUUACUACCGCCAAGGCCGCAUCGCUAAGAUGCCUGUAAAGUGGAUUGCCAUAGAGAGCCUUGCGGACCGAGUCUACACCAGUAAAAGUGACGUGUGGGCAUUUGGCGUGACCAUGUGGGAAAUUGCAACGCGGGGGAUGACGCCCUACCCCGGAGUCCAGAACCAUGAGAUAUACGAGUAUCUCCUCCAUGGCCACAGGCUGAAGCAGCCGGAGGACUGCCUGGACGAACUGUAUGAAAUAAUGCACUCUUGCUGGAGGGCGGAGCCCUUGGACCGGCCCACCUUUUCCAUGUUGAGGCUGCAGCUAGAAAAGCUCUUGGAAAGUUUGCCCGAAGCACAGGACAAAGCCGACGCCAUUUACAUCAACACCCAGUUUCCAGAGAGUGGCGAGGGCCCGGCGGAGGGCCCCCCGCUCACACAGUUGGACAUGGACAUCGACCCGGACUCCAUCAUUGCGGCCUGCACGGCCAGCACAGCUGUCAGCGUGGUCACAGCCCAAGUUCAUGAGAGCAGACCUCACGAGGGAAGGUACAUUCUAAAUGCAGGCAGUGAGAACUGGGAGGACCUGACUGCUGCUGCCUCGGCCACAGGGACAGCUGGGAAGAGUGGCAUUUUCCUGGAGGACAGGGCUGUAAGGAAUGGGGUCGCCUGGUCCCAGUGCAACACGCUGCCCUUGGGGAGCCCACCACAAGAUGAACUUCUGUUUGCAGACGACUCCUUAGAAGACUCAGAAGCCCUUGUGUGAUGAGGUCUGAGAGACGAUCCCAAACCAGGGAGAUUCCUCUGCCUUUGAGAUCCACAUCCGCCCAAAGUUUCUGGUGUCUGUCUUCCAUACCAAGUAAAUGCCACAUGUGAAAGCACCAGGUGAAUGUCGCUAAGUACGUCCUCAUUAAAAAUAAACUAUUUAUUUAAAGAGAAAAAUAUAUAUGUAUAUGGUGGAGAUAUAGAUACUAUAUUUUAAUAAGAGAUUACUUAUUUUAUGUCACUUAAUCUUGCUGAUUUUAAAACUUAAGCUUUAACAGCUUCACCUGUAGAGCUGCUCCUUGAUGUUAACAUUUGCACAAAAUUGUUUUUUUAAAGUUCUUUUCUUUUUCCUGACUAUUAAAUGUAAAAAUAUUUGUAAAAUGAAAUGCCACAUUGGACUUCGCUUCUGGUCUUAAGGAAAAUCUGAUAUUCUUCUGUGAAUCAUCUGUUUGAUAAGAACGAUUUUUUUGAUAUUUAAAGUUUUAUAACUGAUUAAUUCUUUGACAGAACUUUCUAAUAAAAUAUGAAUGAGGAAGGA